AAAUGAGGAUUUGAGGCGAGGAGUCGUACGCAAUGCAUCGCGACGCGCCGAACUCGCCGAUGGCCGAUAUUCAGUGGAAUGUCGGAGGCGAGGCGAGGGGCGGACGGGGGCGUCAAUUCCUAUAACUUGCGAUAAGGAUUUUUUCGUCUCUCUCCCACACAUCUUUUCUUUCAGUUAUUAUUUUUUGACUGCAAAAAUAAACGAAAUACGAAUCAAUGACACUAGAUUACAAAUCUAAUACUCAUGUUUUUAGGGUUCAUAAUUCAAUAUCAUACGUCAAAUUAAAUUAUGAAUGCUUACAGAAAUAAUAUUAAAUAAUUAAAAAAUGUUGUAUAUAAAUUAUUACUUGAGAAUUUUAUUUUAUUAUAUAUUUUAUUUUAUUUUAGAAACAUUUUUAUUAUUACAUAGAGAAAUGUACUACGCAAUAAAUAAGCAGGUGGUUGUUCAUAAGAUAAAUAGAAAUAUGAACAAUGGCGAUUCACUGUCACUCGCUCACUUAGUGCAUUCAAUCGCUCGACUCAAUACUCACUCGUACUCGCGUCUAUACAUCGCUUAUUAAGUCAAUACUCAAUUUGUCAAUGUCAAUUUUCAAGUGAGGACUGAAGAGUAAAGUGAGGUGGUUCAAUGUUGAAAUUUGAGGAACUCUUUCAUUUUGCAAUCACGAGUACCUCAAACGAGGCGACUCAUGAGUGAGGGACUCAUCUCUCUAAUUCGUGACUUUAUUUCUUUUUUAAUAUUUCUGUAUCCGUUUGUGUAUUCUAUUUCUUGUGAUAAAUUCCACGGAAUUUAUUUGUGUAUUAAUUGAUGUUAACCUUAAAAGCAAAAUAAUAUAAACUUUGUUAUAAAUGUGAUCGAAAACUUUAACCUUUAUAGGUUAAGAAAUUAAUUUUCAAAUCCUUACUGUUUUGAUGUGUUGUGGAUAUUCCCAUGAGCCUUACAUAAUUAUAAUAUAGUAGAAAAUGGAAGAGCAGCUCAUGAACAAAUUGUUAGCAAGUACUGACUAUCCCUUUUAAUAACAAUGAGCAAGCUCAAUUAGUAUCACAGGUCUUAAAUGUGGACAAAGAGUUCAAAGGAAGUGGUAUACAGAGAAAAAUUUGUACCGACAACAGUAAUCUUUUUGUAACAUUUGAAGGUGCUGAUUACAAGAAGUUAAGAGUGUCUAUAAACGCAUUAUUGAAAAAUGUUUUACUGAUAGUAAAAACAAUAAAACUUUUUUCAACUGAAUUGAAACAUGCCUGAGCACACUCCUGCACCCACUCCUUCAAGGUCUUUGUAUGGUUUCUUUAUGUUUGUAUUUAGUAAAAUAAUUCUAAUAAUAUAUUGUAUCUGGGCUGUAACUCCUGAUAACUAUCUUCACUAUAUAAACAUAUAUUACUAUCCACAGAAAUAUUGGUCUACUGCAGUACCAAUACAGUGUUUGGUGGCAUUAACAAUUUUUGCAUUUUUUGUCUAUCCCAGUUCCAAUUUAAUGCUAACAACUAGUAUUGAUAGUAUGAAAACAGUACGAGACUCUUUUAGUCAAUAUGAUAAUCAAAAUUUGGAAACCAAUUAUGAGACAUUAGACAACAUCUGCAUAUGUAAAGAUCAUAACAAAUGUAUGAAACACAGUUACAUAGCAACUCCUAAAGAGUUUAGAGAUAACACUGUGCCACAACUAAAAGAAUAUGAUGUAUCUUAUAUAUCUAGAAAAUUAUACCACUCUAGAAAUAAGAAAAUUAGUUGAUAAAUACAUAUGUGUAAAUAACAAUUUUUAUGUACAAAA